UUUCUUUGCAAUGCGAUUUGCCCGGAUCCUCUCUCUCUCUCUGGACAUUCAAACACUUCGCCGAUUUCCUCUCUCUGAUUUCCUCUAUCUCUCUCUCUCUCCUCUGUGCAUUCUGGGAAGUGGGAGCCAAAUGCUGCACAAUAAUGAGCAAACAGGAACUUAUGCAGAUCAUAUUCUGCAUAUAUGGAAUUGAGCUUGAAAUGGUCUGUUUCGUGCUCCCAAUCUUUCUUUCCACAGGGCUUCCGAUAGUUAGAUAAUGGUUUCUAGCUCUCAUCUUUUGCGGCUAAAUCAAUAAGAGGUCUGAAUGCCUGAGGACUAUUGGCAUUAAUAAACAUGGCAUUAGGUAAAUACUCCAGAAUUGAUGGAAAAAAAUCUUCAAGUUAUUGUUCAACAGUGACUAUUUUUGCAUUUGUGGCCCUUGGCCUAGUUGGUGUAUGGAUGAUGACAUCGUCUUCGGUAGUUCCUGUUCAAAAUAUAGAUAUGUCCUCUCAGGAUAACAAAAAUGAGGUGUAUGAACAAGCAAGUGUGAGCAAUAAUAGCAGCCCGAGAAAUGAGAAUAGCGAGAACAAUAAGAGCAACCAAAGCAGUGAGAAUAGUGAGAGCAAUCCUUGGCAGUUUGAGGAUAGCCAUGGUAAUUUAGCUGAAGAUGCCGUGAAAGCAGACAACUUAAGUGCAGGUCAGAAGGGAAACAAUAAUUCUGAUGAAAACCCUGACACUUCUGAAAAAGCCAGUGAGAAUGCCACAGAGAGAAACCAAGAAGAGAAACCUGGAAAUAAGCCAGUGAAGGUGAGUGCAGAGGAAGAGACUAAGUCAGAAGGUGUUAAUAGAACAGAAACUGAAAAUGGAGAAGGAAAAGUUGAAGAUACGGAAUCUAACAUGGGGUACAAAGAUUUUAAAUCUGGUGAGACAGGAACAGACAGUAGCCAUGAUAACUCCCAUGGACAAGGGGACUCUGAAGAGGUGUUAAACAACAAGAAAUCUGAUCCAGACGAGGGUGAGAAGGACUCAGAUGAGAAUCAGGAUGAGAAAAAAGAUGGUGAUAAAGCAUAUAGCCAGACAAAAGAGGUUGAGCAAAAUGAAAAUAAGGAGCCAGUUCAAAGCUCUGAAAAGACAAAGACGGACAGUCAGGCCAAAGAUCUGGCUCAGAGUGAGGUAUUUCCUUCUGGGGCUGAGUCAGAACUUUUUAAUGAAACUACAACUCAGAAUGUGGCCUGGUCAACCCAGGCAGCAGAGUCAAGGAAUGAAAAGGAAGCACAGAAGUCUCCUGAACCAAAUCAAGAAACAGGCUACAAUUGGAAAAUCUGCAAUGUCACUGCUGGGCCAGAUUACAUCCCAUGCCUUGAUAAUUUACUAGCGAUUAGGAACCUUCCAACUACCAAGCACUAUGAACACAGGGAGAGGCACUGUCCAGAGGAUCCUCCCACUUGCCUUGUUUUGCUCCCUGAAGGGUACCAACUUCCAAUCAAGUGGCCUACUAGCAGGAAAAAGGUAUGGUACCACAAUGUUCCCCAUACCAAACUUGUCGAAAUGAAAGGGCACCAGAAUUGGGUCAAAAUUAAUGGUGAUUACCUUACCUUUCCCGGUGGUGGGACCCAAUUUAAGCAUGGUGCUCUUCAUUAUAUUGAUUUUAUACAAGAAUCUAUGCCUGAUAUUGCUUGGGGAAAACGAACUCGUGUAAUACUGGAUGUUGGGUGUGGGGUUGCUAGCUUUGGUGGCUUUCUUUUUGAAAGAGAUGUUCUCACUAUGUCAUUUGCCCCAAAAGAUGAACAUGAAGCCCAAGUUCAGUUUGCACUUGAAAGGGGGAUCCCUGCUAUAUCUGCUGUUAUGGGCACUAAGAGACUUCCAUUCCCAGGCAGAGUCUUUGAUGUUGUCCACUGUGCACGGUGUAGGGUCCCCUGGCAUAUUGAAGGCGGAAAACUUCUAUUGGAGCUGAAUCGUCUUCUGCGACCUGGUGGUUUCUUCAUCUGGUCUGCAACGCCUGUUUAUCCAAGGCUUCCUGAAGAUCCUGAGAUUUGGGAAGCCAUGAAUAAACUAACAAAGUCAAUGUGCUGGAAACUUGUGCAAAGAACGAAGGAUAGUCUGAAUCGAGCGGGAAUAGCGAUAUUUCAGAAACCUACCUCAAAUGAAUGCUAUGAGAACAGAUCCAAAAACGAGCCUCCUCUUUGCCAACAAUCUGAUGACCCGAAUGCAGCCUGGAAUGUUCCACUACAAACAUGUAUGCACGAGGUGCCUGUUAAUGCUUCUGAGCGUGGGUCUCAAUGGCCAGAACAGUGGCCAGCAAGAGUGGACAAGCCACCUUAUUGGUUGUUGAGUUCCCAGGUUGGAGUUUAUGGCAAGGCAGCACCUGAGGAUUUCACUGCAGAUUAUGAACACUGGAAACACGUGGUGACCAACUCAUAUCUUAAAAGGAUGGGUAUAAACUGGUCUAAUGUAAGGAAUGCCAUGGACAUGAAAGCCGUCUAUGGAGGAUUUGCUGCUGCCCUUAGAGAUUUGAAAGUGUGGGUCAUGAAUGUGGUCCUAAUAGACUCUCCGGAUACGCUGCCCAUAAUUUAUGAGCGAGGUCUAUUUGGGAUUUAUCAUGAUUGGUGCGAAUCAUUUAGCACCUAUCCUAGGUCUUAUGAUCUACUCCAUGCAGAUCAUCUCUUCUCAAAGAUUAAAAAGAAGUGCAAUUUAGUGGCUGUGGUUGCUGAGGUUGAUCGGAUUUUAAGACCUGAAGGAAAGCUUAUCGUUCGAGAUGAAAUAGAUACCAUCAGUGAGCUUCAAAGCCUGCUGAAGUCGAUGCAUUGGGUGGUCCGCUUCACUUACUCUAAGGACAAGAAAGGAUUACUAGUCGUCCAAAAGACCAUGUGGCGCCCCACAGAGGUAGAGACAAUCACUUACGCCAUAGCUUAAGCUCAUUUUCCAGCUGCCCAUUUGUCCUCUCGAGGCCUCGGUGACACUCUUUUUCCUGUUAGUCUUAGGUUAACUUGCAAUUUUCCUUGCUUAGCUCGUGCAUAGUUUCUUCUAGAGCUAUGAAUGCAUGAGUUAAUGCAUUCUUCUUGAAGUGUAAAUCCCACUGGUUGAAAAUGCUGACAUGCUACAUAAGUUAAAACAUCCUUGAUGCUAGAUGUUCCUGGAAUGGCAUUGUGAAAUUGGUUACCUAAGAGGAAAACUAGAGCCAUUUUGCCUUUACUCAAAACUCUUAAUUGGUUUUAUGAGCUUUCCAUCCAUGGACCAUUUGGCUGUCAAAAGCUGCCGGCCUAUAACACAAUAUCAAGUUUUAGUCCCACUAUGAGUCAACCACAAUGAGUUUUAGGUUGCCUUUACUUGUAAGUUUUUCACUGGUUUUCAGCUAUUGAAUGCAACCCUCGUUCAUUAAGACUCGAGGCUGGCUGUAACACAUAAAUAUAUAGUAACAGUAGCUCGUAUUUGUAUGACUUGUUAUAGGUCUUGUAUGCCAUGCUUUGCUAUAGGGCACACCAAAGGGCUUAUACAUCCCUAUGUGAUGGUGUGAAUGGCUGACAAUUCUAUAGAAUUUGUAAUUGAAAAUGGAACUCAACUAGAGAAGUUUCUCA